UCACUCUCUCAUCCUCUUCUUCUCCUCCAACCUUUACCUUAUAACUUGACCUCUCUGCAAAAUCAAUCCCAUUCCACAUCCAUACCAAAACUCAUUCAACUUCUUCUUCAUUCUUGCUUUCUCUUGAGAUUUCUUACCCAGUUCUGGGAAUCUGUAAUUAGGUAGUAUUGAAGUAUGAGGCCUAAAUCCCAUCAAACCCUCAACGUCAAGCUUCUGGUUCUAGGGCUUUUGGUAGCAUUUUUCUUCAUCUUAGUUUUAUGGCCAAACUACUCUCCUUCCAACCAACAAGCCAUGUCUCCAAGUUCAUCAAAGGCGUCAUCAUCUUUUCUAACCCUUGAAACUUCAAAUCAUGACAAUGGCAGCACAAAAGAAGAUUGUUCCCUUUCUUGCAACAAGAUCCCUCCUUCCUUAGCCAAAGCUCUCAUCCAUUACUCAACCUCAACCAUAACCCCACAACAAACAUCCAAAGAAAUCUCAGUGACAGAAAGAGUUCUAGAAAAGAAAUCACCCUGCAACUUCUUAGUCUUUGGCCUGGGCCAUGACAGCCUCAUGUGGAGCUCCCUCAACCACGGUGGCCGGACUGUUUUCCUUGAGGAAGACGACGCGUGGAUCGAGCAAAUCCGGCGCAGGUUCCCCGGCCUCGAGUCCUACCAUGUCACCUAUGACAGCAAGGUGAAUGAAGCUGACAACCUGAUGGAAGUAGGAAAAGGACCAGAAUGUACAGCAGUGGGAGAUACUAGGUACUCCAUGUGCCAACUUGCAUUGAAGGGAUUGCCCAGUGAGAUCUAUGAGAUAAAAUGGGAUUUGAUAAUGGUGGAUGCACCAACUGGGUAUUAUGAGGAAGCUCCUGGGAGGAUGACUGCUAUAUAUACUGCUGGAAUGAUGGCUAGGAACAGAGAAAGUGGAGAAACUGAUGUGUUUGUUCAUGAUGUGAAUAGAGAAGUUGAAGAUAAGUUUUCUAGGGCUUUCUUGUGUGACAAGUAUAUGAAGAAACAAGAAGGAAGGUUAAGGCACUUCAGAAUUCCUAGUCACAGGGAUGACCUGGAUAAGCCAUUUUGUCCUCAGGAUUAAAAUUCAUUAGUUUCAUUUCUUUCUUUUAAAACUCUCAUGUCUUUGGAAUAAUAUUCUCUCCUGGUCAUUGUCUCUUGUGCUUUAGUGAGUUUUAGUGAACUUGAAGGGAAGUGGAGAGAUUUUGAGCCUCAUGUUUUGCAUAUAUAGUUUACAUAUAUUCAUUAUAGCCAAAUAUAUAAAUAAAGAGAUCCUUUUGGUGAUUCUGAUUCCUUUGAUUUUGUAAGUUUUGUUGUGGAUUCAUGGAUUAAUAAGAAUAUAUAAGCUGCUGAACUUUUU